AUGCCUGUCGCCUCCCUUGAAAGAAAUGACGGUGUGGCCAGCUGUGCGUCAAGAAGACUUGUCGCUCUCUAUUGCCACCUUUGCAGUCCGUCCUGUCACGGUCUGCGCAAACCCGAGUUGCAACAGUUCGCCAUCAUCCACGAUAGCUAUAUGCGACAAGUCGAGCACGACGUGUUCUGGACCAACAGGCCCCCUGCCUGGUUUGCAGAUCUUCCCAAUAGUUAUGACAAUAGACCAGUUCCACACUUACCACAGGCACUAACUCCGUAG